AUGACGGCCCCAACGACAAUCACCAUUGCUGCGGAUGACGACGUGUCCGGUAAGCCGGACAGCUCUACCAACAUGCCUGAUAUUGGAGGCAUCUACCACUCGCGCAACUUCUCGCGGCCCCGUAGAUCGCGCAGUAACACGCACGGGUCUCACGAUAGGCGGAGCGAUCACCUCGACGUCGAGGACGAGGAUGAUUGGCUCCGCGACGAUGGCCGCAAGAAGCAGGUUUUCAAGGGCGCUCAGCUACUCUGGCUGGCGUAUCAAUCUAUUGGUGUCAUCUACGGUGAUAUCGGGACCAGUCCGCUAUACGUGUAUUCGAGUACCUUCACCGAUCAGCCCAGCUAUGACGAUCUCCUCCAGGUGCUGUCCGUCAUUCUGUGGUCCUUGACUAUCAUGGUCACGCUGAAAUAUGUGUUGAUCAUCCUGCACGCUGAUAACCAGGGCGAGGGAGGCACCUUCAGCUGCUACUCGCUGCUUACCCGAUAUGCCAACAUCACGGAUCGCGACCCGCGAGAGGAGCGGCUCGUGAAGAUGGAGCGGUUCCAGACAAAUGAUAUGCGCCCGAGCAAUCGGACAUUGCGAUCCACCAUUGAGCGAAGCAUAUUCACGCGCGGUCUGCUGAAGACCAUCGGCGUCCUAGCUGUGUCCAUGGUCAUCGCCGACGGAGUCCUCACACCCGCCCAGUCCGUCCUCGGCGCCGUGCAGGGUCUCUCCGUUGUGAGCCCGGACAUAUCCAGCGCCACCAUCGUCGGCACGUCGUGCGGCAUCCUCGUCGUCCUCUUCCUCCUCCAGCCCCUCGGCACCACCAAGCUCGCGAACACAUUCGCGCCCAUCGUGAUGCUGUGGCUCGCGUUCAACGCCGGCUUCGGCAUCUACAACCUCGUCAUGUUCGACCACUCCGUGCUCAAGGCCUUCUCGCCGUACUACGCCAUCCACUUCUUCGUCGAGAAGAAGACGGCCGCGUGGCGGAUGCUGGGCGGUAUCUUGCUCGCGUUCACCGGUGUCGAGGCGCUGUUCGCUGAUCUCGGCGCGUUCAGCAUGCGCGCUAUCCAGAUCAGCUGGCUGUCGUACUGCUACCCUUGCCUGCUGCUCGCGUACAUCGGCCAGGCCGCGUAUAUCAGCGUGCAUCCCGAGGCGUACUCGAACCCGUUUUACAAUUCUGUUCCCCCCGGUAUGUUGUAUCCUAGUCUUGUGGUGGCGAUUCUGGCAGCUAUUGUGGCGUCGCAGGCUAUGAUUACGGCUGUUUUCCAACUCAUCAGCCAGUUGAUGAAACUGUCGUACUGCCCCCAAGUCAAGAUCGUGCAUACGUCGACGAAGUUCUAUGGGCAGCUAUACGUGCCGUUCGUCAACUGGGUCUUGUUGUGCGGUACCAUCCUUGUCACCUGCAUCUACUCGAACACGACUCGCCUCGGUAACGCGUACGGUGUCUGCGUCAUGUUCGUGACCUUCUUCGACACCUGCAUGGUGACCCUCGCGUCCCUGAUCGUCUGGCGCCUCUCCCCCUUCCUCGUCGUCCUCCCCUGGCUCUUCUUCGCCACCGUCGACGGCCUGUACCUCUCCUCCUCGCUCAUCAAGGUGCCCGAGGGCGCCUGGUUCACCAUCACCAUCGCCGGCGUCCUCGCCUGCAUCUUCCUGCUCUGGCGCUUCGGCAAGGAGAACCAGUGGCGCGCCGAGGCCGAGGACCGCUUCCGCCCCGGUCAGCUGCUGCACACGACCGACGACACGCCUGACGGGGGUUUAGUGAUGACGGCGCGCUGGGGGGGUGGGGGCGUCAGUAGGAUUCGUGGGUUCGGUGUGUUUUUUGACAAGACGGGCACCCUGACGCCGACGGUGUUCACGCAGUUCGUGACGAAAUUCGGCACGAUCCCCGACGCGAUGGUCUUCUUCCACCUCCACCCGGUCGAGGAGCCGUCGGUGCCGGCCAGCCUGCGCUUCGCCGUGUCGCGCAUCCCUGCCGUGCCGGGCUGCUAUCGCCUGGUCAUCCGCCACGGGUUCAUGGACGAGGUCAUGACGCCCGAUCUCGCGGCGCUCAUCUACGAGCAAGUCCGCAAGUUCGUCGUCCGGAAGGCUUCGCCGCCUGCUGGCGAUAACGCGCGCGAGGUUGCGCAUGAUGGGGACAACGCGGACGCUACCGAAGUCCACGACCACGACGCGGCCGGCGCGACCGCAAGCACCACCACCACACCCCCCGCCACAACCGCCAGCGCCACCGCCCACGACAAAGCCGCCACCCUGCUCCUCCUCUCCGACGAGGCCGCGCGCGAGGAAUUGGGUAGAUUGGACCGCGCGUACGCGACCAAGGUCAUGUACGUGAUCGGCAAGGAGCAGAUGCGCAUCAAGACGCAGUCGGCGUCGGUUUUCCGCCGCGUCGUGCUCACGACGUUCCUGUGGAUCAGGGAGAAUACGCGGGCGAAGAUUGCGAAUUUGAGGCUGGCGAUGGAUAGGGUUGUUGAGGUCGGGUUUGUGAAGGAGAUAUAACAGGAGGAGGGGCUGUGGACUACCUGCUGGGAAGAAAGGUAAAAUGGGGGUGGAGGGUGGAGGGUACACAUGUGAGGUUGGUUGGUUGGUUGGCUGGCUGGCUGGUAUAUAUAACACCGAGGGUAGGUGAGGUAUAUACAUGUUGGAUGGUGUUGAAUUCUGGGAUGAGUCCAUUUUGGGGGGAUUAGGAUAUUUACUUGGAACUAUAGCUUCACGAGUUAUAGAGUCACAAUUGGAUUCUGCCUAGUAGUUUACAUGCAUGACAUGGUAUCGACAACGAUACUGUAUAGACAACCAUGUACAGCCUAGUCAGACUACCUUUGUUCCGACCCAUUAUCAUCAUCAGCAU